AUGCUGACAGCGCUCGCAUCGAGCUGCUCCAUCGCACCGACGCCGCCACGGACUCUGCCGCCGAUUACUGGCAACGCGUGCGCUCUCGGUUACGACUUUGGCACGAGCGGUGUGCGCUGCGCUAUCGUCGAUGCGUCGGGCGAGAUCGUUGCGAACCCGCCCGGCUAUUCCUGGGGCGUAGCGGGCGAGCGCGCGCAGGAGGCGUCGGAUUGGGAGGAGGCGCUGUUCUCGCAGCUGGCAGCGCUGCCUGCCGACGCCCGCGCUCGCGUGAGCCGCAUCGCGGUGAGUGGCACGAGUGGGUCGAUGCUUCUUGUCGACGGCGACGGGGCACCCGCCGCCAGCCGCGGCAGCCCACGGAUGUAUGACUUCUCGGUAAGCAAGCAGGCCGUCGGCGAUAGCGGCGAGGCUGCUCUGGCGCUGCUGCGCCGCUGCACGCCCGAAGGCCGCCCCAGCUCUGGCGGACGGCGGCUCCGGCUUGGCUUGAGGAUGGUGGGAGACUGCCACAUAGGCCACCCGGUUCGCUCAGCCACCUCAGCGCUCGCGAAGCUGCUCGCGUACCACUUUGAGUCGCCGCUGGCUGGAUCCGAGCGGCUCGCUCACCAGGCGGACUACGUCGCCUCGCGCCUGACCGGAGGAGCCAUCGCCUCCGACUGGCACAACGCGCUCAAGCUCGGUUUCGACGUCCGCGCGCUCCGCUACCCGGAGUGGCUCACGGGCGGCGAGAUUGGCGAGAUCGCAAGGGGCCGCCUUCCCCGUGUAGUGCGGCCGGGAGAGCCGAUUGGACCGGUGAGCGACAAGCUGGUGGCCAAGUACGGGUUGGCCAGCGGCUGCCUCGUCGUUGGAGGCACGACCGACUCGAUCGCCGCUUUCCUUGCAGCCGGCGCCGACUCCGUCGGUGACGCGGUCACGCUGCUCUCGGACGUCCCUGCCGACGACGCGUCCACCGGCGUGUACUCGCAUCGGUUGGGCGAUCGCUGGUUGGUCGGCGGCGCAUCGAACGCCGGCUGCGAGCGGUUUCCGCGGCCCGACGAGAAUGCGGUGGGUGUGCUCGAGCCGGUGGAGACGGAGGGCUACGAAGCUCCGGCGGCGCUGGGCAUUUCGGGGCUAUGGUUUGCGUUUUGCCCAGGCGUCGUCGUUCACCCGCUGGCCGUUUUCCCUGUAGGCGCGUCCGAGUUGCGGCGCGUGCUCACGAGUGGCGGCGGGUCGCAGAAUGCGCAGUGGACGGUGAUGCGCCAGGCCCUGCUCGGCGUGCCCACGUCGCGGGCGGCCAACAUCGACGCCGCCUAUGGGGCUGCGCUUCUCGCGGCGAGGGGCGCGGGAUGA